CUCGGGGUCCCCGCAGCACAACCACCGCCAUCGCCGCCAUCAUCGGGGGACCUCUGGCGGCCGGGGCUGCCCGCCGCGCUGCCUGAGCGGCUUCUGCGCCUAGCCAGACCCGGCGGGUGGCCUGUGAGCGAUGCUGUUGGCAGCCAUCCCAUUGGGCCUCCUGCUGGUAGCCUUCCUGUUCCUGAGACGCUUGGGCUGGGGCUUGGUAGCUAUCUUCUGGUUUGAGUACAUCCAGCAGCCAGUUCACAACCUGCUCAUGGGAGACACAAAGGAGCAGCGCAUCCUGCGCUAUGUGCAGCAGCACGCAAAGCCUGGGGACCCCCAGAGCGUACUGGAGGCCAUUGACACCUACUGCACACAGAAAGAAUGGGCCAUGAAUGUGGGCGAUGCAAAAGGCCAGAUCAUGGAUGAAGUGAUUCAAGAGCAUAACCCCUCGCUGGUGCUGGAGCUAGGGGCUUACUGCGGCUACUCAGCAGUGCGUAUGGCCCGCCUGCUGUCACCUGGUGCCAGGCUUCUCACCAUGGAGAAGAAUCCCGACUAUGCCGCUAUCACCCAGCAGAUGCUGAACUUCGCAGGCCUGCAGGACAAGGUUACCAUCCUUAUCGGGGCAUCUCAGGAUCUCAUCCCACAGCUGAAGAAGUAUGACGUAGACACACUGGACCUGGUCUUCCUUGAUCACUGGAAGGACCGCUACCUGCCAGACACAAUUCUCCUGGAGGAAUGUGGCCUGUUACGCAAAGGGACGGUGCUCCUAGCUGACAAUGUCAUCGUCCCAGGAACCCCUGACUUCCUGGCAUAUGUGAGGGGGAGCAGCAGCUUCGAGUGCACACACUACAGCUCGUACCUGGAGUACAUGAAGGUGGUUGAUGGCCUGGAGAAGGCAGUCUACAAGGGUCCGAGCAGCCCAAAGCAGCCAUGACCACCCAGUCUACCCCAGGCUCCCCAGCCAGCUUCACUCUGCAGGAAUACACACACACACACACACACACACACACACACACACACACACACACACACACACACUCAUUCAUUCAUUCAUUCAUGCUGACCCCUUCUGUGCUUCUGGGGCCUAUUGUCGUUCCAGAUUGGCACACUCUAAAAAGUAGUGAGCUCACUGCAUAAAACCACUGCAAAAAAUCUGGAAAAUAACUGUGGUAAAAGGCUAAAUUGACAGGUUAGAGGUAUCUCUCAGUGCUAGAGUAUCUGCCUUGCUUGCAUGAGGCCCUGGGUUCAAUCCCCAGGACCAAAGAACAAAAGGAAAAGAAAAAAAUUAAUUUGAGGCAGGUGUCAUCCUGAUGGGGUCACUAACUAGAAAAAGAAAUUCUCAUAAGGUUUCUGAAGGCAGGCCCAUAGGCACUGGCAUCACCGGUUAGGCUCAACACGAGGUCAGGAAGUUCAAAAUAUCUAGAAACUACUGGCUGCCCUCAAUGUUUGCUGUCAGCAGGUCGGAGCAAUGCCUCAGUGACAAUGCCGCCACCAGCAGCUCACACCACACUUCUGAAUCACAGUUUCAUCUUUUUAAGAAUGUAUCAUAACUUCUUUUCCAAAAUUGCCUAGCUAUAAUAAUCUUAUAUACGAAAUUCAUGUUUAAAAGAUAUAAAAGAGAAAUUAAAGCUCUAAAUAUUUGGAUACAAGAGAA